GUGACGUCAAGGUCAAGAUGGCGGCGCCCAGCCUGCUACUGUCGCCUGUUUACCGGCUGCUCAGAGCUGGGCUUGGUGCGCUGCCCCGGGGUCUAUGGGGCCCAGUUGGGAUUCAGAGCAGAGGACUGCGGGAGUUGAUUGAAGUGAAAGAUGGAAAGACGACAGUGCUUGAAGGACAAAUUAUUGAAGACAAAGCCUCUCUUAGUCCCCCAAACCCAGAGGGUCAGUGCCCCAUCUGCCGCUGGAACCUGAAGCACAAGUAUAACUACACGGAUGUCCUGCUCCUCAGUCAGUUUAUCCGCUCAGAUGGUGGGAUGUUGCCUCGGAGGGUCACAGGUCUGUGUAUGGAGGAGCAUGGAAAGGUGACCGUGUGUGUGAAGAUGGCGCACAGAGCCGGUCUCCUACCAAAUCACAGGCCCCGGCUGCCCGAGGGACAUGUCCCAAAGCCAAAGUUCCAUCUGAACAGAUACCUAACCCGAUGGUCAGUGUCCUCGGUGAAGCCCAUACUGAAGAAGGGACUAAAGUGGUGCAAAGUACGGAUGCCAGUAGGAGAUCCCAUCCUUAAGAACAAUGUUCAACUUGGGAGGAGACCACUUUACCUAAAGCACUGACCUGGGCACGGGUGCCUGCAGGGGGCACUGAUGAUUCUUCAGAGCUCACUUCUUUGUAAUUUAUGACUUUUUGUUUAGCAUUGCAGAGUAUUAGCCUAAGAUGUGGAUAUGUUACAUAUCUAUAUUAAAAUGUCAUCAGAGCUUUUCCAUUAAAUGCUUCUCCUUUUUCAGUUUA